GCAGUGUGUGUCCUGCUCUCCAGCCUUGUCCAGCACAGCACCCACCAUGGCUCUGCGCCUUCUCCUGCUGCUGCUCAUGCUGGCUGCUGCCCUCCUCAUCAACCAGUCUCAAGGCAUUAGCAGCUCAGCCUCAGACUGCUGUCUGAAGUACAGCCAGAAAGGCAUCCCCAGAGGAUUGGUGAAGUCCUACAGCAUCCAGGAACUAGCGUCGGGAUGUGCGAUACCUGCUAUUGUGUUUAUCACCAAGAAAGGAAAAAAAAUCUGUGCCUCUCCCACCGAGCCCUCUGUCCAGAAGCUGAUUAAGAACAUAGAGAAGAAGGUCAAGGGUGACAUUAAGGACAGGAAGAAAGGACAGCAUUUGCGUUCCAGGGGCAGAUCCAAGAGGCAGAAGCGGCAGUAGGUCUAAAUCAAUCCUGAAGAGGACGGAUGUAUCCCCGCCAAUGACGCACCUCCUGGCAUGGACAUCUACAGACCACCCUCUCACCCACUGGCCCUGGGACAAGCAUGGGGCUGGCUGAGAGGGCUGCCCUCUGCUCUG